UCCGGAUUAGGAGAACACCUUGCCGCUCAUAUUUCCUUCCAUUCCGUUAACAAUUGAUCACCGUAAUUGUAUCCAAACCUUGGGCUAUAAAAAUGCAAAUCGCACUCUGUACUGUACCAAAUCCACCGUAUCGAAAAGAACACACACACACCAUGCCCACUCCACCCGUGCUCCUCCGCCUCGUCGCUGUCCUGCUCGCCGCCAUCUCCCUCCGAUCCACCGCCACCGCCGCCCGCCACGAGAAUACCACCCAGCUGCACUUCUUCCUCCACGACACUCUGAGCGGGAAGGACCCGAGCGCGGUGCUGGUGGGCCGCGGCGCCGGCCGUGAGCCGAGGCCCGACGACCCGGUGCCCUUCAGCUCCCUGUACGCCACGGACGACGUGCUCACCGAGGGCCCCCAGCGGCAGUCCAAGGUGGUGGGCAACGCGCAGGGGUUGUACGUCUCGUCCGGCAGGGGCAAGCUGUCGCUCGUCCUCGGCAUGGACUUCGAGCUCACCGACGGGCCCUUCAACGGCAGCGCCUUCGUCGUGUACUCGCGCAACACGGUGACGCGCCCCGUCGGCAGGGAGCUCGCCGUCGUCGGCGGCCGCGGCGCGUUCCGGAUGGCCCGUGGGUACGCCCUGCUCCGCACGCAUUUCUUGGACAACGGCAAUGGCGACGCCAUCAUAGAGUACAACGUCACCCUCUUCCACCAUUGAUCGAGCUAGUUCCUUCGCCGUGCAUGCCUGCGCGCUCCGUGUCCUCGUUGUAGCACAAUAACCGUGUAGAUGUACAUGUUAGGAUUUAUGGGCUUGGCCCAAUUAAGAAAUUCAAAUAAAUCCCAGAAAAUCUCAAAAGCCCAUACAAGAGGAUGGCUAGAGGAUAGAUGGAACCAUUAGCAUCAUAUUGCUAACUCUAGUGGAGUAGAGCUAGCUUAAAUAUGAAAGCCACACUCACUCACCAAGUCAUGGAUGAGAGGAGAGAGU